AUGCACCCCCAAAUCUUCUUCAUUAUCGUUCAUCAGUCGGUGGUGAUGACGUUGGCAAUAUUGGGCAAUUUAUUUCUAAUUUUUGUCAUAUUCCGUGGAAAUCAUGCCGUACGACGGCGUAUUUCACCUGUACAGCUUUUAUUACUUCACACCUGCGCUGCCGAUCUGCUCUUCGCCUUGGUCACGUUAGGCACCGAGAUACUGACACUGAACUACUCCAAAUCUUUCUACUUACAAACUUCACUGCUUGAACUCAUUCCAGCUUUCAUAUCCGCACUUCGGCGGCUCGGACUGGUUAUGCAAAGCUAUGCGCUAUGGACAAGUGCUACCACUCUAUGCCAGCCCAUUCUUGUUGGUGGCCAUCAGCGCAGAUCGCUAUCAGGUAUACAUCUUCUCAAGAUGAUCAGCAAAAUGGACCAACGCGUUGGACCUUUGUGUUCCCAUGCCGACGCGCAAAAUUUGAUGAGUAGUUAUAUGAGAACUGGUCAGAUAAUUACUGAUCUGUCACAACUCUUCACGUUGUUCGAUGACGCGCAGCAUCGCGCCGCA